UCGCAAAAUGAUAAUAAACAUAUUUAAAGCAAUGUUUAUUUUAUUUUUUGGUUUAUUUUAUUCAUCUUCUUUUUUUUUGUCGUUAAUACACUAUAUACAUAUAUUAAAAUGGGACAAUAUAAAUGUUGUUGUUGUAUUCCUAUCAGAGCUGGUGUUUUAAUUAUUGCUUUGCUUUCUGCAGCAAUUUAUAUUGGUUCUACUGUAUGUCUUUUUUUAAAUAAACCAACCACUGUAUUCAAUGGAAUUUAUUAUACGUCGAUUGCAGUUUCAAUUAUAUUUGCACUUACUUCGAUUUUUGGCGUUCUUGGGUGUAUUACUCAACAUAGAAGAAUGAUUGGUAUUUUCAAAGUGUCAUAUUGGAUAGUAGUUGUUUUACAAUUUAUUAUUACUAUUGCUGCUAUAAUUAUGCUGGCGAUUCAGAAAACACUUAUUAUAGAUAAUUGUGUUGCAUUAUAUCCUGAUUUAACAAGGGACACUUGUACUGUAGGCUAUAGAAAUCUUAUAAUUAUUUUCUGCACAAGUUCAUUGGUUGCGAAUUUCAUUCAGAUAUAUUUCGCCACAGCUAUCAGUUCGUAUUCAACAAGGCUGCGUAGAACUAAUAUGCAUGAAAAGCUCCGAAAUUUGGAAGAUUUUCCUGAGCCACCAAGCAAGGCUGAUUUUUUUUAAAUUAUUAUGUAGAAUAUCUUUAUGUUUAUUUAGAUGUGUUUUACCGAGUAUAUAUGCAUACACAUUUAUUCAAACAAACUAUACACACACAAAAUUCAUUUUGUCAUAAAAUAUCCUUUUUUUUUUCCUCUUCCCCAUAUAAAAACAUUACCAACAAAGCUACGCACAUCUUUAAAUAUUCAACACCACUGUACACUAAAUUAUUAUUUUCCUGAAUAUGUGUUUAUCUGCUAUGGAUUAAAGAGAAAGAAUAUAAUUAUUAAAACUUAACUAUUUCCUCCUUUGUUUUUUUUUCCAAAUAAAUCUGAUAUUAAAUUAUUGUACAAA